CUUAAAAUAGACAUUGCGAAUACCCAGCAAAGUGUAUCAAGUAAAAUGGAUUCCAGAAACACCACACACAGAAGAAGCUGUACAGAGAAAUUGUCAGAGUCUGUAUUUAUAGGCCUGUGUAAAAUACUGGGAACUCCACAACAGUUCGCCAUGAGGAGAGAUGUCAUUGAGGUUAUGAAUAUGGUACAAAAUUACCUAGAAGCAAAUACGGAGAACUAUUUCUGGAGUGGGAGCUACGGAGAAGGAUUCAGAAUUUUGGGAUCUGAUGUGGACAUCAUGGUAUGGCCAACUGAUCAUCGUGUAUUCUGGGACAAGUCUCAGAUCAGAUGUUAUAAUGGAAACAGAUUGGUGUCAAUUCUAGCGGACAGUUCAGAAAGCCCUCCAGGGUUUACUUUACUCUGGUUUCCAGUACAUCGGCCAAAUAUCAGUGUUUUGUCUUCGAGUUUUAGAAUGAAGGGCAGAUUGUAUAUAUCUAGUUCUAAAUACAUUGAAAACAUAAUACUGUUAGCACCCAGUUGUAUUAAACAUGGGCCGUGUGCUCUAAAUGUUAUGGGAAAAGGAUCUGAGUACGAUCAUGCCCACUGUUUUGCUUCUGACUUUUGGCCUCCAUCUGCCUCCUCGUGGAUAGGCAGAUGUCACUCAUGGCCCCAGCCUCAUGUUGUGCAAAGCGUACUCAGAAAUGGAUGUCACCUUGUUGCAAUAGGACACAAGCUAGGGAAUCACGAAAAUAAUGAAUGGCGAAUAUCUUUUUCUGUUGCGGAACAAACACUUGUGUAUUCAAUGAAACACUGUCAACUUUUAACUUAUGGAUUAUUGAAAUUGUUUUUAAAUGAAGUAAUUAACUUUCAAUUAAGUGACGAAAGAAAACUACUGUGUUCCUAUCACAUGAAAACAGCUAUUUUCUGGGUGCUGCAAGAAAACAAAAUUUCACAAUGGUGUCAACAAAACCUCCUGGAGUGUUUCUGGGUCUGUUUUAAACUCAUUCUUAAAUGGGUUUAUCAAGGAGUGUGCCCUAACUUUUUCAUUCCAGAAAACAACAUGUUUCUGACUAAAAUCCAUGGUGAUUCACAAGAUACUUUAUUUGCUAAACUUCAUACACUAUAUGAGAGGGGCUGCAUACCAUGCCUCUUACAAAGUCCCUCUAUCAGGUCCUAUAUCAUAAGUGCACUCUAUACUCCAAGACAGUCCAUCUUUAUAGAAGAUAGCACUUUGAUAUACGAAGCUGUUUUUGAUAUAGAGCUAUUUAGAGAGAUACAUAGAAAUGGAACACCAAAUACACUAAAUCUGAUUUCUCUUAUAAAAGCCUUGCGCAAGAUAGAACAAUUGACACGUUUUCUUCUGACUAAAUAUCAAGGACACAAUGACACCUUUUUCGAUGUUAAAACUGGAGUCAGACAAAAAUGUACAAUGUAUGCAGUAUUAUUCAACUUGGUCAUCGAUUGGGCCAUGGGGAAGACAACAGAUGACUCUCAAAGGGGGAUCUGCUGGGGCCUGUUCUCAACUAAACCAGAUGGUGACACAAAGGAGGACAUCCACUGCAGACUGGGCAAGGCCAGUAGAGUAUAUACAGAAAUGAAUAACAUCUGGAGGUCUGCACAGUAUGCACUGGCAACAAGCUGA